CAGCUGAGGGGCUGAGUGAAUGAGACACGCAGACGUCCAGGGAAACGCCAAGUAGACGAGAGGAUAUGUGAGACUCAACACUUUGUGGGGAUUAUCUCAACACUGACAUUUUUUUUUUUUUUUUUUUAACUUUGUAUGGGAGGCAGGAAACAGGAGGACUACCUGUUGGAGAUGGGAAGUACAACCCCCCUUACGUACCUCAACGUGAGCGCGGAGAUAAUCAACUCGUCAUCCCACCCACCUAAGAAUGGGGACGGCUACAGCGAGGUGACGAUGAUCCUGCUGGGCAUGAUCAUGUCCCUGCUGGUCCUCUGCAUCGUGUUCGGCAACAUCCUGGUCAUCACGGCGAUCGCUCGAUUUCAGCGUCUCCAGAACGUCACCAACUGCUUCAUCAUAUCCCUGGCCUGCGCCGACCUGGUCAUGGGCCUCAUCGUGGUUCCCUUCGGUGCCUGUUACAUUAUCUUCAAGACGUGGCACUUUGGCAGUUUCUGGUGCGAGUUUUGGACGGCGACCGAUGUCCUCUGCGUGACGGCGAGUAUCGAGACGCUCUGCGUCAUCGCCAUUGACCGCUAUUUGGCCAUCACCUCUCCGUUUCGCUACCAGUCCAUGUUGACCAAGUGCAAAGCCCGCAUUGUGGUGGUACUGGUGUGGGUGAUCGCCGGCUUGAUAUCCUACCUGCCCAUCCACAUGAAGUGGUGGAUAUCCGACGACAAAAACGCUAUAGAGUGCAUCAACAACAGCAGCUGCUGCGAGUUUUACACCAACAUGGCCUAUGCCAUCACCUCCUCCAUCAUCUCCUUCUACAUCCCGCUGAUUAUCAUGGUUUUCGUCUAUAGCCGUGUUUUCCAGGAGGCCAAGCGCCAGCUGAAGAAGAUCGAUCAGAGCGUUGGACGUUUUCACAACAGCGAGAACAGCAACUUAAAAUCUCUGGAAGCUAACAAUGGGCGCGGCCAGAAAAAGGCAAAGUUUUGCUUGCGGGAGCACAAAGCUCUGAAGACUUUGGGUAUCAUCAUGGGGCAUCUUCACGCUGUGCUGGCUGCGUUCUUCCUGCUCAAUGUGGUGGUGGCUAUAUGGAAGGUGGAGGGCAUCGACCUCACCUUCAGGAUACUCAACUGGAUAGGUUACGCAAACUCCGCCUUCAACCCGCUCAUUUACUGCCGAAGUCCUGAGUUCAGGUAUGCCUUCAAGGAGAUUCUCUGCAAGAAGAGGAGCCGUCUCAGCAACUCAGGACCGGUGAACGGAUACGUGUACAGCAGGCACAGCUGGCAGAGCGAGCAGCAGGGGAGGAGUAAAGGCAGCACAGAAGACAGCGACGCCAACGACGGGUGUCCGGGAAAGGGGCCCGGGGUGUGUGCUGUUGAGGACAGAGCGGUGGACCCCAAUGGGAACUGCCGGAAAGGCCUAUCGACCGUCACCACCGCCCUGUAAACCUGGAGCUGGGAGACUCAGAUGUGUUUACGCUGCUUUCAUAAACUCUUUUUUUUUUCCAAUUGACUGAUGAAGGUAAGGCCAGUCAGAGUCACUGGCAGCAGUCUCUGGAGACUGCUUUAAAGAAACUUCAAUAUGCUCGUCUGGGGCAAGUAUUUUUUCCUCCUCAAACCCAGUGGUUGAAACACUCCAGGCAAUGUGCUUUUACUUUUGUUAGAUUUGAUCACAAUGAUUUUAUAUCUACCUCAUUGUAUUUUUUUUUUCAACAUCUGUAUCUUACAUGACUGUCUUUCAUAUUAACUGUUACCAGAGUUAAAACUCAGGCAGCAUCUCUGCUGUUCAUUUUAGUGGUCUGUGGAUUAUAUGGUCAUCUAGUGACCACUGGAUUGUUGAGAUGUUGUUUAUCUCCUGAUUCUUGGAGAAAGAUCACACUUUUUUUUUUUAUUAGUAUAAAGACAUUGUUGAAUUUCAAAGAAAGUGUUGGAGGUUGUCAGUUCCAUUUUAGCGUGCCAAUUUGGCUUGAAUAGCGAGUUAUUUCCAUCAGUGAAGGUGCAGGGAGGGGAGGAGUGGCGUAUUUGUUUCGGUGCUUCAUUUGAAGAAAUGCAUUCCAAAUCAACCAAGAUUACCGUCUGACAUUUGCUCGUUUGUGUUUCCUUGGCUGUCUGGGGCUGACGAUAAGCAACAGGUGUGACAAAACCUGCCUUUUCUCUUUUACUCUCUUGCACACUCAUUGCUCAGCAGUGUGGUGGGGCCCCGCUCCCGGCUGCAACGCUUUGCAGAACUUCUGUUGCGAGCAGAUAGCGGCAGAGAUAUGAACGUUCUCGGUAAACGUCAUCUGUGGUGCGAGCUGAGAAAUGCUUGGGGCCAUCCUCACGUGAGGAAACUCGCACAUCUGUAUACAAAUCAAAUACCAUUGACAGCCCUGGAGCUAUUUUCUAUCCUUCAUAUGCUAAAAUGAUUAAUUGAGUAUUGACCUGUAAAGCUGUGAUAUGCAUAAUUUCCAUUGCAUCAAAUACUAGAGAUUCUGGUACAUUUACAGUCAUUACACAAGUGUUAUGAAGACUUUCAGUGCUUUCGAUUUGUCCCUCUACCGGACAGUCGCCUCCUUUGUUGCACAAGCCUUGUUUGUUUAUUAAAUUCUGUGGCUGCUGUGUUUCAGCUUGUGCAGUGUUUACUGAAACCCGAUCAGCAGCUUCCUUAGUUAUGGCACCAGGGUACAAACCACACGUAAUAAUAAUAAACACUGCAUCAAAAUAGCCAAGUGAUAACAAAGUUCCAAAACCCAGACGUGGUGGUGGCAGUGGCUGCGCAGGUCAAUAAACACAGAUAAGGAAAAAAAAAAAAAGUCCAUAGUUCUGGAUGGUGCACCUUUGUUGCCGCUCCCUGACAUUUCCCAGAGUCUCAUCUGAGUGCGUGGAUGUCUGCGUUUCAGCAGGAAUAAAAAAAAACUGUCCUCGUACUGUUUCACUCAGAUGUGUAGAAAACACCUCCACCUCCUGAAAACAGAAGAGCUCCUGUUAAUGGGAAAAUCUGAAAAUGGUGCCAAAACAGUAAUUACCAAGUAUAAAUUUUCCAACUUGCAGGGUGGAGCACGCCCUUCUUUCAGGUCACAGCUUAUUUCUUGUCCGAUGCAAAGGUUAAUUGAAGACGAGUGCUGAGCGUGUGGGACUCUGAUUGGUGAAAUCCUCCGGUCUUCCUGCACUCCGUGAGUGUAGCGAGCGCCAGAGGAACAGAAUGUGUUGAGAGAUAUGACCUCUUGCUUGGCCCUGUCAGUUUGGCAGGUUCGCUGUGAUCAAAGUGGCAGCCUGCUAAAUGUGGCUGCUGGAGACCGGAAAGGGGGUGAGGGGACCAGAGAUCUGCAGCCAGUCUAAAUCGGUGUGUGACCUGUGUUUUAGUGCAUGUUGCACUGCCUUUACGUGGAAGGGGAGGUCGGCUGACACCGUCUCAACUGUGAACUUUGCUCCUUGAGAGGAGUCUCUACGCACUGGCGGCUCUGCCGGGUCGUCACAGACCAUAGGAAUAGACGUAAAUAUGUUGUCAUCAUACGUCACAGUUUGCCAUGUGAAAAACAAGCUUUCCACUAUGUUGUUCUUCUUGUGUUUUUCUUUCUUCCUUUUUUUUUUUUUUAUAGAUUUACAGCAAAGUAAAUGCAGGGGUUCAAUGUCAUAAUAUUUUCCAGUAUUUUCUUUUUGACUUUGCAUCAUUUUCACUGUACAGUACGCACAAAGCACAAAACAGAUCAAGUUUUUGAUAUGUUGUAUUUAUUCGCUCACAGUUACCUGAAGCAUUGGCACUUAAUUUAUAAGCCCGAGGGUUUGCAAAAGAAGAAACAAUGUCUGUCUAUAGAACCUGUUGUUUUUCAAAGCACUGUGCAAUUGAUCGUUUGCAUGUCUACUUUGUUUGUGUGGUGUCGUGUCGGUGGACUUUUGUGCCAUUUCCUCUUUCAAAGUGAUCGGUUUUGUUUCAGCCCGUGUGGAGUCGGUUGUGAACCGCAUAUCCACACUGCUCCCUCCUGGCAGUGGCUUAUCCUUGCACCUCAGCUGUCUCGAGGAGUUAUUGAGGGUUACUGUUCCAUCGAUACGGCUGUAUAAUGAGGAAUGCGGCUCACGCCUUCACCUCCCUUUGUGCUGGAGGACACAGCGCCGUUCCGUGCGGCGGGCCCUGAAUGAUUAGCCGACACACUAUGACAUUCCGCGCACAGCUGAUGGAUUGAAAGCAUACACGGCGCUUACUGAUGCAUACAAUGAACAUUCAGUCCUCGCACCAAGUGCCGCCGCCAAUUUUUACUCAAUUUGUCCAUCGCUGUGGUUUCACACACGCAGCUACAACAAACGCCUGUUUAAAAGUAGAUUCUGGGUUACAAGUCUUAGAGCGGUGGGUUUUAAAGCGUUGGAUAGGAAUCUCCUGUAGGCCAUCAGAGAGCAACAGGUUGUUGUUUUUUUUUUUCUUUCCAUGUAAAAUUAAACAAGUCCAAGUUUAAUGGAGAAAACUUCCAAUUACAAAAUCACCUUCUGUAACUUGUGGAUCAGGUUCUGUGAAUGAGAUCCUCCCACACUUUGAAAACCCAGUCUUAGAGGAUUCCUAACGGUUUGGAGUGCAUAUAACGAUUGUGUUUAAAGGAUACGAUGUACGCUGUGGUGGACUCUUCUUAAUACCGUUGCUCACUGAUCCACCGGCGCUGAGCGGACCUUGCUUCACGGGAGCAGCUCUGACUUGUGGUUUUAAUACGGUCGUUUGCUCACUAAAGCAGCACUGGUAUGGCACUUUUAUGAAACAUUCGUAGAGAUUUGAAAAAAAAAAAAAAAGCUUUGACUUCACGGGCCAGAAACACUUCUGCCUCCUCGUCUGUGCCAAAUCUGA